AUGCUGAUCCACUCUCUUGCCCAGCGCGUAGCUGCGGAGCGUGGGAAGCUCUACUGGGCGCUCUCCUUCCGUGACUGCACACUGAUCCGAGACACCUGUGCCUGCGCUGGCGAGGAACGACUGCUACUCCAAAAAGGCAACGAGGAACAGCUCCUGAGAGCUCUGGAUUUCCGGAACCGGUUUUCUGCUCGCCCGUACUUGCCCUCGCGUGUUUUGCCUCCAGAAAGGAAGAAGAUGAGCAUUCUUUACAGUGAUAUCUUAGAAAUUAGAUGGCCUGACCCUACUAUCGCUAAUCUGACAAGAUGUGUAGACAACGGCAGUGUGAAGAUCUCGUCGGUAGAUGGUUAUGCUCAUCUUUACCUGUCAGAAUUGCAGCAAGAAUUCACAGUGGAGUUCUUAUGCAGAGUCAGCCAGUCAUCUGCAGCAUCCUUACACUCCUCUCAGAGGAACAGCAGCUACCAAACCGGAGAUCAGUAUGGAGAAUCAAGUAAAAAUUGUGUUGUAGAAAUGUCAUCAAAGCAAACAAAAAUAGAGAAUAAGAAGAAUGACGAUGGUUGUGCUGAAGGUAAAUACACACAACCAACCAAACCAAAAGACCUAAAAGACAGAGAUGGGGGCCCUUUGUUCUACACAGAUUGUUCAUCUGAAUACACGUGGGUUACGCAGUGUUGGUCUGUUUCCUCCUACCCAGAAGAAUGGAAAUACCCUUUGUCGUUGGCACUAAUGUGCUGUAACUUACACACUGUUAAGAAUGUAGUGAAGACACGUGAAAAAAACAGCCAUACAUCUACAGAGUCUGAUGUUCUAAUAGACCCCGAAGCACAAGAGACAGUUUCUCAUAUACCUACAGCUUUGCCACUUAGCUGCAGAGCCCCACAUUUACACAGGUGGACUUUCUGUGACUUCUUUCAGAAUCAAGAUACUGAAAAGUAUUCAAGCCCUCAGCUAAUUCAAAUUGUGUGGUGCCAGGGUGUUUUUUAUAGAUUUAUCCAUGGUAGGACAACCAUCACAGAAAUUUAUCCUGGUGAUGGCUCGUUUUUCAAGUCAGAGGGAGCACUUUUGGGAAACUACUUCAUACAUUAUGCAAUCCAAAAAGGAACAAAAGAGAGAGAAGAAAAGAUGUAUUCGGUGAACAGCCUACCUCCUGAUGUACCAGGAAAUCCGUACUCUAUAUCCUCCAUUAUUACUCGGGCAACCAAAAUACUUCAGUACUGCUACAAGGCUAAACUGUCAUUAACUCAUAACUGUUAUCUCUGUUGCUGGAAAAUGGUGCCUGAGACAGAUGGACGAGAAAUGUUGCCAGUUUUGCUGUAUGACAAGGUUAUCCCCAGCAUAGGAAGACUCGUUGUGUACUCGGAUCAUAAAGUCCAUGCUGCUUUUUGGGAUGGCACAACCUUGAAUAUGGUCUGGGAUUUCAGCUCUUCAUGUAGUAAGAUCCAGGUAAAUGAAGAUGUAGGCUGGUGUAAGUUAACUAGUCCUGAUGGGGUACAGCAUCUUAUACAAUUAAGUCAUCCUGGAAUCUAUGAAAGGUACAUCAGAACAGCAGCAGAAUGGUGCAGAAGUUUGAAUGAAGAGAAGGAGAUUCCUGAAUAUACUGCACACUCUGUAACUGAAGAAAAUUGGUCUGCUGAUGCUGAGCUCGAAAAAAUACGGAGAUUUAACUUUUUAUUGGAUAAUAGCAGUGUUCUGGAAGGGACAUCUGCUGCAAAAAACACUCCAUCUGGUACUGCUGUCAGAAGAACAGAAAAUGAGAGUGAGCCGGAAGAACUCAGUGAAGGGUGCGUCUUGGAGGCUUUGGAAAAAACUUCCAAAGUAAUUCAGGACAUUGAAUCUCUGCUUGCAGCUUCCAGGAAGUGA